UGUAAACAUGGAGACUCCCGCCGACGGAUUUUUAUCUAAAAUCACCACCCGGAGCUGUUAUUAACACACCUCAGAAAGCACUUCAUUAAGUUUUCAAGCGGUUUUCCAACAGUGAAUCACUUUUGUGUCCACCAUGAGUCUGUGGAGUAACGGCUCCUCCGCUGAUCUGUACCCGGGGACCCAGCCGCCCCUACCGGACUCCAACACGUCCUCGAACCGUACUGACGGCUCCCAGCCCCGGGGACCCCACGGAGCGGCCCCGCUGGACUUGAGCCGUGCGGUUCCGGUCGGGAUGGUGCUGUCCUCCUUCAUCAUGUUCGCCAUCGUCGGGAACAUCCUCGUCAUCUUGUCAGUGGUUUGUAACCGACACCUGCGGAUCCCGACCAACUACUUCAUCAUUAACCUGGCCAUCGCGGACCUGCUCCUGGGCACUACGGUGCUGCCGGUGUCCGCCACCCUGGAGGUGCUGGAUUACUGGGUGUUUGGUCGGAUCUUCUGUGACAUAUGGGCAGCGGUGGACGUCCUGUGCUGCACGGCGUCCAUCAUGUCUCUGUGCGUCAUAUCCAUUGACCGCUACAUCGGCGUGCGUUACCCACUGCAGUACCCCAUGAUUGUCACAGAGAAGAGGGCGCUGCUCGCCAUGCUGGGCGUCUGGAUCCUGGCCAUCGUCAUCUCCAUCGGCCCACUGCUCGGCUGGAAGCAGCCACCCUCACAGGAUGACACAGUGUGUCUGAUCACUGAGGAGCCGUUCUACGCUCUCUUCUCGUCGCUCGGCUCUUUCUAUAUCCCUCUGGCCGUCAUCCUCGCCAUGUAUUUCCGAGUCUACAUCGUGGCUAAACGCACCACCAAGAACCUGGAGGCGGGCAUGAUGAAGGAGCGGAAUGAGGACUCCAACGAGCUCACCUUAAGGAUCCACUGCAGGAACCAGCAGAUCCAGGACAUGUGUUCCGCCUCCAAAGGGGGCGGGAACUCAGCUGGACGCAGCACGCUCACUGUCAAACUACUGAAGUUCUCCAGAGAGAAGAAAGCAGCCAAGACACUGGGGGUGGUAGUGGGCAUGUUCAUCCUCUGCUGGCUUCCCUUCUUCCUCACUCUGCCGCUCAGUUCUUUUAACAGCAGCCUUCGACCUCCAGAGACUUUCUUCAAGGUCAUUUUCUGGCUCGGAUACUUCAACAGCUGCCUGAACCCCAUCAUCUACCCCUGCUACAGCCGAGAAUUCAAACAGGCGUUCAUUCGGAUCCUACGUUGUCAGUGGAAGAGGAAGCGUCAGGGUUGGCAGGCGUACUACAACUAUCGGAACCAGCAGGGCUCGAACCAGUCCUCGUUCCUGAACGGCAGCCAGCAGACGCUGUCAUCCAUCAGCCCUAGCCCACGCUGCGUCGACUCCAGGCUCCGCCCACCUCCAUGGACCACCACCAGGACCACUUCGACAUCAUCCGACACCACCAGACCUAACCUGCUUCCCGGAGAACGAGCGAAGCCCAACCCCAUGUCACCUCUUGCUAAGGAUUCUGGGUCGAUGUUCAGCAAAUUGAUGAAUGGACGGAGUGGAAACGCAGAGGACGGCAAAGGAGUAAUGCCAUCGAAACACACAAAUGCCGCCUCUGAGCCGGGAUCCAUCAGGCCAUCAGGAGUUUAUCUCACAUGACGCACAGGUACUGAUGACAUCACCAGGUGUGAUGGACAGGCGGGAUGAAUCACAACGCUGUUCUCAGAUCAGCUGCUGAGGAAACAAACACUAAAGCAUCCAGACAUUCAGCUCAGUUUGCUGUGAAUAUGUAACAGGUUACACAAACACUACAACCACACAUCUAGUAUGUGUGUAAUACUGUAAUGGAAAUCAAGGCCCUGUCCACACUAAUCUGGAUAUUUGACUAAACAAACAUCUUCCUGUACAUUUGGGUCGUUUUAAUAACUGCUACUGCUGUUACCCCUAAACGAGAACUGUACCUAUUAAUGUGCAUCCAAAGCAUGUCAAAGUUCUAAACUGGAAGAACUGACGUAAUGGAUUAAAUUAAAGUUUGAUGGUCAUUUCAACAGUUAUCCAGUUUGUAAAAGCGGAAGACAUUUCAUUUUAGACAUUAAUAGCAUGUUUUCAGUGUCAGAUCUUAGGGCUGGGAGUAGCUCUUUAUAUCACUGAUAAAUGUUUUAUAUCUGAUAAUGUUAUAUAUCUUUAUAUCAGCGUUUAAGACACUACAAUCAGUCAGUUUCUACAGGAAACUAAGACACUACGCAUCCCAAUUUGUGCACAUCUACUGCUUUUUUGGUGCACUGACCAUGCACCUGCAGCUUCCAGUUUUUCAUAUUCCCUUAGCUCUCAAAAUUACAAGUUUACAACUUCACUUGAUGGUUUAGUUCCAAAAUAUAAGUCUCUGCAACAAUUAGACAUUUAAUUGUUUUGAUGUUUGCACUUAUUUUGCAUUAUCAUGUGUUUAAAAUAAAAAGAAAAAUACCAAGGUGGUCUGGGUAUACUUGUCUUUUAAAUGGGAGUAGAGGGAUCAAGAAAAAUGCGGAAAAAUAUCCACAUUAAUGUGAACAUGGUUCAUUUCUUCCAACAUGAAAUGAUUUUUCUUUCUUUUUUUUAUUAUCUGAAAGAAAAAAAUUACUCUUUAUUAUGAUGUGUCAGUAAAACAAAAAGAAAGGUAAUACACUACUGGUCAAAAGUUUUCUAAUGGCUCCAUUGACAUUUUAAACACCUGUAGUAAGUCUGUUUUUUUCUGUUGAUUACCAUUAACUAAUCCUCUGGUUCAAGGUGAAAUAUCUCAGUUUAACACUGUCUGGUCUAAAAAUGGUUUAUACACAUGGUUUUUAUUAAGAACUGAACUCAAGUCAUAUAAAGGUAAACGUCCAUCCAUUACAGAGACUGUGAAAGCAGGUUGAAGUAAAGGUAGAAGUACUGAUUCAUCUUCUUUACUGCAGUAAAACUAAAAAGUCUCUGAAACGCACUCACAGUGUAAUAAUAAAUGGUUUAUGGUCAUUUCUGAAAAGUAAACUGAAUCUCAUGCCUCAUAGUUCCAUGUUUUCAUGUGUCUUAUAUGAUGUUUUCACCUCAUUUUCGUCUUGCUUUGUCUUUUGUGUCAUUUUCAUCUUAUUUCAACUUAUCUGCACACCUUAUUACAUCCUAUGAGUCAUUCUUGUCAAUCAGUCAACCUUUAUUUAUGUAGCGCAAUACAACAACCUAAGAAAAUAAAAGAUUAAGACAUAAAUACAAUAAAAGCAAGACAACAAAACACAAUAAAACAAUCAAAGUGCCGUCAUAUUCCAAAAUCCAUUCAUUGUCUUGUUGAUUUUUAUGUUUUUUUCAUUUAAUCUUUUGAAUCAUUUGCAUCUUAUUACAUGUUUUAUGUCAUCUGUCUUUGUUUCAUUUUCCUCCUGUUUCAUUGCUUUUUCAGUUCUUAGUAUUCAGGUUUAUUUUUUACAUUAUUAUUCAUUGCUUAUAUUUCAGUAACAGUAUGUUUUAUCACUUUUGACCAGUAGUGUAGGCAAACAAAACAAAGAAUAAAAUACUGUAGUGUUAAAGUUGGUGAAGACAGUUUUAUCUAUUAAAUACUAUUGUGUCAGUUUUUAUUAAAAA